ACACGCCAAAGGCACGGUAGUUGUUUGUUCAUUCGAUCCCUAUAUAGGUUAUUCUGGUUUUGUUCAAUAAAUACGCUAUACAUAUUGCAAAUGUAUUGCUAGAAUCUUAAAAUGGGUGACAUAAAAUCAUUUUUUCAUCAAUGGUGCACGAAAACUACCAAGGAACCACAGUUUGAUGUGAGACCAACAGGGCUGAAACAUCGACAGCGUUUUCUUUGCGAACUACGCGUACCUGGAUUUGAUUAUGUUGGUGCAGGAAAUUCAACCAACAAAAAAGAUGCACAAGGCAAUGCAGCUAGAGAUUUUAUUAAUUAUUUAGUCCGAACAGGACAUGUGAAUUCUAACGAUGUUCCAAAAGAUGCGGGCAAUAUUCAGCCGCAGAAUACAGAACCUAGUAAUCAGGAAUCUGUCGGCCCGUCAAAGUCGGUGUUUCAAGAUGGAAUGGGACCGAAUGAUAUAGGUCCUGCAUAUAGACCAUACAAUGAACAUGGUCAUGGCAAUUACACUUAUAUGGACAGAAUAGCAGAUCAGAAAAAAGUUGAGGAUGCGGAAGACGUCGAUGUAAAUUCUGGAAUUCAUGGGAAUUGGACAAUAGAAAAUGCUAAAUCAAAACUUCAUCAAUUUAUGCAAUCUAGCAAAAUUAAUGCAGAUUACAAAUAUACCCCGCUGGGUCCAGAUCAUACGAGGAGUUUCAUGGCUGAAUUGUCAUUUUAUGUGCAACAACUUGGAAGAAGUAUUACUGGUCGUGAAACUGGUUCUAAUAAGCAAACUGCAUCGAAAAGUUGUGCUUUGUCUCUUGUUCGGCAAUUAUAUCAUCUUGGCGUGAUCGAGGCGUUUAGCGGUACUUUGAAAAAAAAUAAAGAAGCGGAACAAAUUAAGCCAUAUCCAGUAAAAAUUUCCCCAGAACUGGAAAGUCAAAUUCACGAUGUUUUAACAAAUUUAGAUAUACAACCUGUUAUAGUCCAGGCAUCGCUUGUGAAAUUAGAAAAUUCCCAAUCUAGCACUGCUGUCUCUUUAGUAACAAAUCAAGUAUUGGAUGAUUUUAUUUCGUCUGUACCACAACCUGCUGGAGUAGUAAGUUGGUCUCCGCCGCAGCAAAAUUGGGAUCCAUGGACAGGUUGUAAUAUAGACGAAGGACCGUUAGCCAUCAUGACUUUAGAACAAAUGUCGGAAGAUUUGCAAAACGAACAACGAGAAAGAUUGCAACAAGAUGAUAGUAUGCAAAAAAGUAUUAAAGAAAGAUCGGCUUUGCCAGUUUUCUUGAAAAAGGGGGAAAUAAUGAAUGCUAUAAACGAAAAUCCAAUAAUAAUUAUUCGAGGAAAUACAGGCUGUGGUAAAACAACUCAAGUAUGUCAAUUCAUUUUGGAUGAUUACAUUGCAUCGGGUCAAGGUGGAUUUUGCAGUAUUGCAAUUACACAGCCCAGAAGAAUAAGUGCUGUGUCUGUAGCCGAUCGAGUUGCUGUAGAAAGAUGCGAAAGUUUAGGAGAGUCUGUUGGUUAUUCCGUACGAUUUGAAUCUUGUUUGCCAAGACCUUACGGCAGCAUAAUGUUCUGCACUGUUGGUGUACUUUUGAAGAAACUGGAAGGUGGCUUAAGAGGUGUUUCGCACGUUAUAGUCGACGAAAUUCAUGAACGAGAUGUAAAUUCUGAUUUCAUUAUGGUGGUUCUUCGCGAUAUGAUUCAUCUAUAUCCAGAUUUACGAAUCAUUCUAAUGUCAGCUACGAUCGAUACAACGUUGUUCAGUAAUUAUUUCAAUAACUGUCCAGUAAUAGAAAUACCGGGCCGGUCAUAUCCUGUGCAACAAUACUUCUUAGAAGAUUGUAUACAAUUAACGAAUUUUGUACCACCUAUGGAUUCCAAAAAACGUAAAAGUCGUGAUUCGGAUGAUAUACCAGCAGAAGGAGAACCAGAUGAAAAUUUGAAUAAGGUUAUUAGCGAAGGCUAUUCCGUACAAACAAGGAACGCUAUGGCGCAACUUACCGAGAAGGAGAUAAGUUUUGAACUUAUAGAGGCUCUUUUGAAAUAUGUCAAGGACCAAGGUAUUCCAGGUGCCGUAUUAGUAUUUUUACCUGGAUGGAAUUUAAUAUUUGCAUUGAUGAAACAUUUACAACAGCAUCCGAUUUAUGGAGGUUCGGGUUACGUAAUUAUACCAUUGCAUUCUCAGUUACCUAGAGAAGAUCAGCGUAAAGUUUUCGACCCUGUACCGCCAGGAAUAACGAAAAUUAUUUUAGCCACAAAUAUAGCUGAAACAUCCAUUACGAUUAAUGAUGUAGUGUAUGUAAUAGAUUCGUGUAAAGCCAAAAUGAAGCUCUUUACUUCUCACAAUAACAUGACAAACUACGCCACUGUGUGGGCCAGUAAAACAAAUUUAGAACAGAGGAAAGGUCGAGCAGGUCGCGUUAGACCAGGAUUUUGUUUCCACUUAUGCUCCAAAGCACGUUUCAAUAAAAUGGACGAACACAUGACUCCCGAGAUGUUUAGAACACCUUUACACGAGUUAGCGUUGAGUAUUAAGUUGCUACGAUUAGGCAGUAUUGGAAAGUUUUUGUCAAAGGCAAUUGAACCGCCACCGAUAGAUGCUGUAAUCGAAGCGGAGGUCAUAUUACGUGAGAUGAAGUGUUUAGAUAAAAAUGAUGAAUUGACACCGCUUGGUAAAAUAUUGGCCCGUUUACCUAUAGAGCCACGGUUAGGCAAAAUGAUGAUUCUGGGUUGCAUAUUUCGUGUUGGCGAUGCACUGUCUACGAUGGCUGCAAAUAGUACGACAUUUCCAGAAGUAUAUAAUAUGGGACCUGAAUCCAGACGAUUGACAGCACAACAAAAAUGGUUUGCCGGUGCAAGGUAUAGUGAUCAUGUGGCGAUGUUACACGCGUUUCAAGCAUGGGAAGAAGCUAGAUGCGGUGGCGAAUAUGCGGAGCAAUCAUUUUGCGAGUCAAAAAAUUUAAGUAUACCGACAUUAAGGGUUACAUGGGAAGCUAAGAAUCAGUUGCAAGCACUUCUACAAAGUGCUGGAUUUCCGGAAGAAACUCUCUGUCCUACACCAUUAAAUUAUCAAGCCGGCGCGGAUGUUCGUCUUGAUACGAUUACUGCUUUAUUAUGUAUGGGCCUUUAUCCAAAUGUUUGUUAUCAUAAAGAAAAAAGAAAGGUUCUUACUACUGAAUCUAAAGGAGCGCUGAUCCAUAAAACAUCGGUGAACUGCAGUAAUUUUGAACAAAAUUUUCCAUUCCCAUUUUUCGUAUUUGGAGAAAAGAUCCGCACAAGAGCAAUAUCUUGCAAGCAAAUGACUAUGGUAUCCCCGGUACAUCUCUUGUUAUUUGGUUCUCGAAAAGUCGAAUACGUUGAUAAUGUAGUGAGACUGGACAAUUGGAUUAAUUUAGACAUGAAUCCAAAUCACGCAGCAGCAAUAGUAGCCUUACGGCCUGCCUUGGAAAGUCUUGUUGUAAAAGCUGCGAAAGAACCGGAAACUAUUUUGGAAUUAAGUCCUAUCGAAGAAAAAGUAUUAAGUUUAAUUAAAUCAUUAUGCGGAAUGAAUGCCUGUCGUUACGAAUUAGAACAGAUUACAGGUGGUGGUUUUCAAUCACGAAGACCACCAAGAGGUCACUCGACUGGUUUCAAUUCGGAUGCCGGUAACCCUGCGAAAUUUAUGCGGGUUGGUGGUGGUUUUCGCGGCGCUCCUCGUGCCGGUGGUUUUGGUAAUGCUGGCGGAGGUGGUAGUUUUGGAAAUGAUGGGGGGGGUAACUUUUCAAGAAAUAAUGAUUACCGUGGAUACAGAGGUGGUAGAAAUAGGGGAUAUGGAAUGAAUUCACAUAGGCGAGGUGGCGGAAACUGGGGCGGUAGAGGUUUUCACGGCUAUUAUUAAAUAUGGGUUUUGAUGAUUCUCAAGGUGGUAAUAGUCGAAAAUUAACUGCAAUGUGUAGUUGAUGUAUUACAUAAACUACUCAUGUAUUAUCUUUUAAAUGGAAAUGCAAAAUACAUUUUCGUUUCUUUUAUAUCUUUCCUUUAAAAGGUUACCAAUUUUUUCAAAUGCAACAAUUCUUAAUGUU